AUGGUGGUCCUCAUGAUCUUAGUAGAGAUAAGGGAUAAGUUGGAAGACCACUUUGUGAAAAUGAAGAUAGCAAUGGAGGUGAUCAUCUGGGUCAUUGUCCUCAUCUUUUUGGUGGAAAUUGGGCUGAACUGGGCUGUUAGCUUUCAGGAUUAUUUUAAGAACAGCUGGAAUGUCUUUGACUGCACAGUCACCAUCAUAUCCUUUAUCCCUGAGUUGAUACUCCUUGUUGAAAAGAAACACAGCAAGGCCGUCACAAACUUCCUCCAGGUUUGCCGUGUGCUGCGAUGCUUAAAGCUCUUCCCUAGACUCCAGCAAAUCCGGAUCCUCAUUAUGGCCCUCUUCAAAGCAAUGAAAGCCAUGAGCUUCAUCCUGGUGCUCUUCGUCUUCUUCUAUGUUUUUGCCGUAUCAGGCAUUUUCUUCUUUUCAAGACAUGCCCAAUUCACUGGUGACCAUCUUCAUUCUCUUCACCAUGGACCAUUGGUAUGCUCUGCUGCAGGACACGUGGAAGGUCCCAGAGAUAAACAAAGCAAUCAGUGGCUUGUUUAUCUGCUUGUGGCUCCUCGUUGGGGCAUUCAUCUUCAGAAACUUCAUGGUGGCCACCAUGGUCACCAAUUUCCAGACCAUUCGGAAUGAAUUGAGUGAAGAAAUGAAGCAGAUUGAGACUCAGCAGAAAGCUGACAAAUUUAAGCUGGAACUGCUGGAAAAGAAGUACAGCUCACCCCAGGGGCAGGACAAAAUGAGCAUGGGGCCAUCCACAAUAUACAGCAUACCAGAAGUCGAGGCUGGGCCUCUGGAUUGGGAAACAUAUGUCCACAAGAACCUGCCAGGGCUAUACGAGGCUGAGAAUGACGAGCAGGUCAUUUGGCCCCGUGACGCCCUCUUCCGCUACUUUGAGCUGCUGGAGAAGCUGCAGUAUAACCUGGAUGAGCGCAAACAAUUGCAGAAUUAUGCCGUCUUGGCUCUGUCCAACCUGGAGGACAAGUAG